UUCCAUCCAUAUUAUAUAUAUAAUAUAUAUCUAUAUAAAUAGAUCGGUAAUAAUAAUUCUAUUGAUUUGGUAACUAAACCAGGGAUUUAAAACCAUGGCCAUUUGGUGUAUUUUCACUGGACUUCUUGGGCUGCUAUCAAUCUCUUCUGCCCAAGGCCGUGGAGACACCUUCCACGCCAUGACUUCGGAUGAAGACAAAUUGGAAGAUGAUGCAGAUCCACCAGACGACAUUCUGGACAUCAACCUGGACCUGAUUCCUCCAGAAGCUCCAGAAAGCAGUUUCCUGAUUGAAGGAGACAUCAUUAAAAAGAGCCCCUUCCGGCUGUUUUCUUCUGCCGAUCCGCGUUGGCCGAAGAAGAGAGGAAUUGUCCAGAUCCCUUAUGUGAUUUCCUACAGAUACGAUCGAUCCAGCCUGAAGAUCAUUGAGGAAGCCUUUGAGGAAUUUGCGAGGUUCACCUGCGUCAGAUUUGUGCCUCGUUCCUACCAGAGAGACUUCAUCUCCAUCGCACCACUUUCUGGAUGCUUCUCCAGCGUGGGACGGGUCGGGGGGAUGCAGGCGGUGUCCCUGGCCCCGGUGUGCCUGCGCAAAGGGAGAGGCGUCGCUCUGCACGAGCUCAUGCACCUCUUGGGCUUCUGGCACGAACACUCCCGGGCUGACCGCGACAACUACAUCCGCAUCUCCUGGAACGACGUCUUGACCGGUUUUGAGACGAACUUCUUGAAGUCGUGGAAUACCAACAUGCUGGGGGACUACGACUAUUCCUCUGUGAUGCACUACGGCAGGACCGCCUUCAGCAUGACCGGCCUCCCCACCAUCAUCCCUCUCUCCAGGCAUGACGACGUCUUCCUCGGCCAAAGGUGGAACCUCAGCAGAUCGGACAUCGCCAGGGUCAACAAGCUCUACAGGUGUUCUCAGGCCGCGGCUCAAGCAGAAACCUCCACAUGGAGAGCUUUCAAGAAGAAAAUGAUGGAUUUCGUUCCAAGGGAGACUCAACCUUGUGCCAAUGAAAGCCAAGUUGAGACCUCAACAGCCUGGAACCAUUGUAUUAAGGCUUCUGAUGGGGUUACCAUGUCUUCAAGCAGGACUGUUGAUGAAGGUAUAACAUCUCCAGAAGCCCAGACACGGACAGGUUGGCCAUCUGGAGCAGAAGAGCCAAAGGAACGCAUGGAGUCCUCAGAGACUUCUAGCCAAGCAGAAGAAGGCAGGGGAUUCUUAGGACCUACAGCAGAGACACCAUGCAAAAACCUAUCUAAGGAAAUGGAGGCUCCAAAUGUAGUCAGCACUUCCCAGAAGACCUCUUUGCAAAACCCCACCAGUAGCACCAAGGAGCUGAGAAGGAGCUCUCCAAGUGACAAGGAGAUCUACCUACCUGAAGAGCAAAGACCAGCUCUGGAAGAAGAAGGUUCUCCAAGACCGACCGAGAUCUACGGUUUCUCUGUGGUGAUCAACCAACCCAAUGAAGCGUUCUAUCAGACCACCAGCAUCUCUGCAAGUGAGAGAAGUCCUCCACCACCGAAGACCAACCCCAAGGAGCUGAGAAGGAGCUCUCCAAGUGACAAGGAGAUCUACCUACCUGAAGAGCAAAGACCAACUCUGGAAGAAGAAGGUUCUCCAAGACCAACCGAGAUCUACGGUUUCUCUGUGGCGAUCAACCAACCCAAUGACGUGUUCUAUCAGACCAUCAGCAUUUCUGGAAGUGAGAGAAGUCCUCCACCACCGAAGACCAACCCCAAGGAGCUGAGAAGGAGCUCUCCGAGUGACAAGGAGAUCUACCUACCUGAAGAGCAAAGGCCAACUCUGGAAGAAGAAGGUUCUCCAAGACCAACCGAGAUCUACGGUUUCUCUGUGGUGAUCAACCAACCCAAUGAAACGUUCUAUCAGACCAUCAGCAUCUCUGGAAGUGAGAGAAGUCCUCCACUACUGAAGACCAAAGCAGCAACUGCUUCGUACAGGCUGCUUUCUCCGAAGAACUCAACCUCCAGUGUUUUGAGAUUUGGGGAGGAAGAAACCAUGGGCCCUGAAGCAGGAAGCCCAGGAAGUUCUGACACCGUUCCUGGAAAUGUGGGGAAGGAAGUAGAAGGCCUUCAGAACAAGGAGCACAGCACCACAAUGCAUGUGCCGUCCAACCCGAAUGGAAAAGAUUAUGGGGAAAACAAAUUGGAACAUGAUGCAUUCCCUAGUCAGGAGGACCUGCUUCCUGGAAGCGUAGAAGUUCCAAAUGCUCACCUGGGUUGGACAGGUUCUGGAAGCCCAUCCAGGUCUUGGUCUGGAGUCACAAAGCAGCCAAAAGAGCGAACUGUCUCCAAAAGCCAGCCUAGAGAACGUGAACCGUUUUCAUAUCCACCUGCUCAUCAGAGGCGAAAGGAGCAGAAGAAAUGGGAGAUGUUUUCCAGAAAGACAUCUCCAGAAUCCUUCACUGGGAUUGGGUCUGAGGAACAUACUCCCACCCAGAUAGAUGUAUGGGAAAUGGGAUCAUUGGCGAUGGAAAACCCUUGGGCUACGGGUCCUGCAGAGAUGCCUGAUCUACCAGGAACAGUUGGACACAGAACCAGAGCUUUGUGGUCACAACAAGGUCCUACCAAAGGAUAUGCAUCCAGUGUCCUUGCGAUGGAACAGGCAUCAUCGAUGGCUGUGCAAGAAAAGUGGGAACCUGACUUUCAAACAGCUUCUAUUAUGUCAACAGAAAGGCAGACAAUGGGGCAAAAGGUUGGAGGAGAACUUGGGACUGGAUCUCCUGUGGAAACCAAGACCCAUGGAAGGGCAACUCUGUGGAGACUCUUUUCUUUGGAACCUUUUAGCAGCCAAAUGCCCAUCCAACCUGGAAAACAGCCAGUAGGAACUCAAAGGCAGCCACUUUCCAUAGAAACGGCCAUUCCUGGAGGAGGGAAAGCUCAGGUACAAACCAGGAAUCCAAAUACAGUAGCUUUGAAACUACUUUGUGGGGCGAAAGUGUUUGGAGCUCUCUCUCCAACCAAACCAAGCACAAGAAGGGUGUCUCCAGAUAUGGGACACAAAUUGGGAGUGACUGGCGGAGAACAUCCAGGGUUGGAGACCAAGGAACGUGGUUCCACCUUGAAAGGAAGGUCUCCAUCAACGGGAGGAAUAAGCACCCCUCUCAGUUGGGUGAGUCAAUCUAACAUAGAUGGAAAUGGAACAGGAAACUACGUAGACUUUGGUAAAGAGGAAACUUCUUCUACAGUGCCCCAUAAAGGGACUCUCCAGAAGAUGCCUCCAACAAUGAAUGUCCAUGUUCCCCGUGUCUCUUCCAUCUUGGUUCAUAGCAAAAGACCCCAAAGUUCUUCUAUUUCAUGGAGAACAGCCACGGACACUGAAGGACCAUCUCCACAAUCUCUGGAAGAAGCUACCAAAAGCCAGGUUGCCUCUCAUCCCCAUGAAAUGAUCUCUGCUGAACUUGUGAAGGCAACAGAAGAGAUGGUUCUCCACAAAAUGAACUGGGUUGGCACCUUUGCUCAGGAAGCCAGAAAUGGGCAGAGUGGUACAUGGUCUCUGACACUAGGAGUGGCAACUCCAGCAUUGUCUUCUAUCUCUAUUGCAGAGGAAACUCAACUUCUGAGCACAUCGGUGGAGCCUCCCAAACCAAAGAACUUUGGUGAGACAUCCAUAGGAAGCCAUCCCACAAAGGAAAGUCUGUCGUCUGAAGGGAAAGUCCUUGUGCCAAGCACUGAGAUGGUUUUUGUGACUCGCUUACCCAAUGCCACCCAUUUAGAGACCUGGAAGAGCUUGACAAUGGCAUCAGUUGGUAUCAAGAGAUGGAGAGAAAUGGCAACAGAGGAGGCCGAUGAUAGCAGAGCAACAUUAACUGCAUCUGACAUGAUGUCUUCUGCUGAAGCUUCCAGGCAAGGGUCUCAUGAAGAACGCAUAGCAGUGGACACAUCUCCACAGCUCCAUCAAAAUGGGAUGGCUCCUUGGUCAACUUCUGGCCAGGUUGCCUCACAUCACCAUGAAAUGAUCUCUGCUGAACCGGUGAAGGCAACAGAAGAGACGGUUCUCCACAAGUUGAAGUGGGUUGGCACCUUUGCUCAGGAAGCCAGAAAUGGGCAAAGUGGGGCAUGGUCUCCUACCCUAGGAGUGAGAACUCCAGCAUUGCCUCCUGUCUCUAUUGCUAGCAGAGCAAUAUUAACUGCAUCCAACAUGAUGUCUUCUGCUGAAGCUUCCAGACAAGGGUCUCGUGAAGAACACAUAGCAGUGGAGACAUCUCCACAGCUCCAUCAAAGUGGGAUGGCUCUUUGGUCAACUUCUGGCCAGGUUGCCUCUCAUCCCCAUGAAAUGAUCUCUGCUGAACCAGUGAAUGCAACAGAAGAGAUGGUUCUCCACAAGAUGAACGGGGUUUCCACCUUUGCUCAGGAAGCCAGAAAUGGGCAGAGUGAUGCAUGGUCUCCUACCCUAGGAGUGGCAACCACAGCAUUGCCUCCUGUCUCUAUUGUGGAGGAAACUCAACUUCUGGGCACAUCGGUGAAGCCUCCCAAGCCCAAGAACUUUGGUGAGACAUCCAUAGGAAGCCACCCCACAAAGGAAAACCUGUCGUCUGCAGGGAAAGCUCUUGCGUUGGGCAUUGUGAUGGUUUCUGUGACUCGCAAAAGACCUCAAAUUUCUUCUAUUUCAUGGAGAACAGCAACGGACACCGAAAAACCAUCUCCACGAUCUCUGGAAGCAACUCCAGCAUUGCCUCCUGUCUCUAUUGCUAGCAGAGCAACAUUAACUGCAUCCGACAUGAUGUCUUCUGCUGAAGCUUCCAGAGAAGGGUCUCAUGAAGAACACAUAGCAGUGGAGACAUCUCCACAGCUCCAUCAAAGUUGGUCAACUUCUGGACCAAAAAUCACAAAGGGUCUCAGGGAAGAGAAAGGGAAGGAUCAUGUACAGAAAAGUGGAGUGUCUAUUUCUGAAGAUACAACUAUAGCAGGAGCCACCAACAUAGGGAAUAGACCCCCAUCUCCAUUGACGUAUCCCAGUUCUGUUGGAGAUGAAGAAGAACCCUCAACGAUCCAUGGAGAAACAAGGUCCAUGCCCAGCUCUUCUGGUACCUAUAGUCAUCUUGGUGCUUCUAUGUCUUCUCACCCAGAAGCUAAAUAUUUUCUUCAUGCCGAGAACAACCUUGGUGCUGAAACGAUGGAGACUACAGUUCCUUUCAAGGAGAGCUCAGAAGUCUCAGGGUCAACUUCUAAAGUUGAUGCAUCUCCAGGAAUUUCAGAUAUCUAUUCCCAAACUCUUGGCCCAGCUGAUUAUACUAGGUCAGAAUUUUCUAUGGUGGACAUCACCCAAAGCCAAGAGGCUCAUGAUCUCAAGGAGUUUCCUUUGACGGAAGGAAGGAGGGUUCAAAACUUCUCUGCUGAGUCAUUCGACCAAACUGCCGAGACCCGAUUUGCAGUGAAACCAAAUAAGAUGUUGAGGAAUGACCUGAAGCAAAUCAUGGAUUUGGACAAUCAUGUUGCCAAGAGGUCUUUGCUAAGAACAAUGGGAUCUAAUCCUGGACAUAAUACUCCUAGGAAACUGAAGUUGAAGGCAAUAUUUCCAAAGAAGCGUGUGCUUAGAAAGUUGGUGGCUGCUCCAACUAGGAUCACUCACCAUUCAUUUGCUCCGAGGCGGUUCAAAGCACAUCUUAGGGCCAAAAAAGAUGGAAUUUUCCUACAGAAAACCUAAUGAAAGAGCCAGCGAAAGCCAUGGAAGUAUCAACAUGCUUCUCCUUCCAAGGUGUCCUUCUGUUGUAGAAUCACCAUAAAGAAUUCCCUAAAGUUUUGGGGAAAAUAAUAAUUGUUACUCAGAGGCCUUUGCUAUCUGACCUAUGGAGAAAAAAGUUACCAAAUGUAUAAAUUAAUAAAUUGGACUUGCAAAUUCCUGA